CCGAACCAGACCGCUCUGCCUCCCGCAGCUCCAUCCUGCCCGAGCUCCCCUCGCCCCCGCAAGCCGCCUCGCCGGCGACCCCACACCUCCGCCGCGCCUCACCGCCGGAGCUCCGUCCGCUCCGCCGCCUCGCCCCUCUCCUCCUUCCUCUCGAUCUCCUCUCACCUCUUUCUCUCUUUCUCGCUGAACAGGGACCUCCAGAAGGGCCAUGGCGCCACCAGCCCUUAAUCUCGCCGGAUCCGGCCGCCUGCACGCCAAAUCCGCCGGAAAUGGAUCCGUCCCGUCCAGAUCCGGCCGGAUCCGACCGGGCCCCGCCAUCCUCGUCACUGGAGCACCGCCCCGCUCGACCAACAGCGUCGGCGCUGUCUGUCCCUGCCCGCGUCUGCACGAGGACGACGCUCGUCCCGCUCGCUUGCAGCAAUCGCAUGGGCCGCCGCCCCAGCCGUCCCGGCAUCAAGCCAAGGCCCAGCCCAAGCCACAUCUUCUGCCGCUCCAUCAUUGCCCACCUUGAGAUCAGCCCCGACGCCACCACCAUCUUCAGAUGCGAGUUGUGUCAACACCAACCUCAGAGCUGGAAUAAGGAGUGCGCAUUCGCAUUGAUGAAACAACUUUCCCAUAGCCCGCUGCUACUGCCCACUACCACAAUCUUGCAUAGAUACUUGUGAGUACGUGAGAACAUCUGUAGGCUAAUAAACAGUACAAACACCAGGCUUAGUUUCGGAGUACAUAUAUUGCAUCGACUGGUAUGACAUCUGAAUAUAUAUCUGACU